AGGCAACAUGGUUACCUUCCCAAAGAAGCAGGAAGUGGUUUAUUAAUCUCAGCUGCCUUUCACUUUAUACACGCAGUCGAGAAAGUGCCCCUCAUGGCCAAACGCAGACACGCACCGCACUGAGAGGAACAAUAAUAUUACAAAAUGAGGCUGUAUGGACUUUUUCUGCUGUUGUCUCUGUCGUCCGCGGUGAACAUUUUGACAUCCCCGCCGUUAAACUGCACCCAACAGGGUUUGAGAUGCACAGUCAGUUCAAGUAACUGCCUAGAUAAAGGAUGGCUGAAAGUGAAAGACUACACUCCCAGCAGUCCAGAGGGGCUGAAUGUGACUGUAACAACCAAGGAAGAUGAGGCAGGACAGCUGCAGCCUGUACUCGCUGUUAACUGGAACAUGAAGGAUGAUGGCAGUAUCCGCUACCUGAAUGCCACUGAAUUUCAUCUUGUUGUCUUAGCCACCAAUGAGCACAUAUGUGUCCGAUAUUCCUUUAAAGACAAACUCCCAAUGAGAAAUUCAUUCGGCAACAAGUGGUCGUUUUCAGCAAACAUGCUAGUGUUGGACCCAGGACACAUGUAUCGAGUUUCUGUCUUCAACAUCCCCAAACCAGAAAUGUUCCACAGCAACUAUGACAUCAGCACUCAAGUCCUUGUCCCUGGUUGUCAAGACUCAGUGAUGAAAAUGACCCAGUUUUGCAUAGAGAGAGGAAGUCUUUGGCAGUCUAACAUCAGUGUUGCAGCCAAAGAGAGACCUGCACUGACCGUCCGCUUCAGUCCUGACCCACUUUGUGAAGAGUACAUAGUUAUUGUUACCUGUGAAUCCAUCCAACAAGUUGAACAUGUUUUUAAGGCCAACCAGACGGACUUAAACAGAACAUUCAGCCUUAAUAAAUGGCCCAGAUCCUGCUGCACUUUUGAUGUUGAGGUAAAACCAAUUUUCCAAAAAUGUGGCCAAGACUGUGCCCGUCACAAGAAAACCCUGCUAAUUUGUCCAGCUGUGCCAACUGAUGCCCAAGUUGCUCCUCAAUACACACCUGUCAUUGUGAGUGUGGUGCUCCUAUGUGCUGGGAUCCUAUCUGUUUAUAUGCACAUCCUCUGCCGAAAACCAGGCAAACCUAGUGAUGCCUUCACUGUUGUGGAAGAUAAAAUACCAAAACUGCUCCAACAAACCCCUAAAGUUCUUGUGAUCUACUCCCAAGACCACCAUCUAUACAGGGACAUAGUGUUAAAGCUCUGUGCCUUCCUCCAGGCCAAGUGUGGCGCCAAGGUGCUGAUAGAUCUGCUCGACGCCAACUUUUUAAGCAUGAUUGGGCGCCUCCCGUGGCUGGAGUGGCAGCGACGGCAGCUGAAAAACCCCACUGAUAAGAUCUUAGUACUCUGCUCGCCGGGUGUUCAGGCAAAGUGGAGGGCCAUGUGUGGUCACAGCCGGGUCACGCUGAAGGAGGACCUUAACUCAUCAAUGGAUGAUAUGCUCACCCCCUUUCUGAACCUCUUCCUGCCCAACAUGCACCAAGCACGCAUGCAUGGGAUGUACAUGGUGGCUUACUUCAGCGACAUCAGCAAUGAGCAAGAUGUACCAUCGAUCUUUGACAUCGCUGUGAAGUACAAACUGAUGAGAGACUUUGAAGAGCUCUUUUUUGGUGUCCUGGACAUGGAGAAGUACCAGCCGGGUCUGGUCCACCGCAUCGAAGGCAUCGGCGGGGAUGAAUACUUCAAGUGCCCAUCGGGCCUGGCCCUGAAAAACGCUAUUAAUACCUUCCAGGCCUAUCAGUUAAAACAUCCUGACUGGUUUGAGAGGGAGUGUGUUCACAGUGAAGAAGAACUUGGUACUGAAGCCAGUCGUCUUAUUGAGCACCAGCAUGGCCCUCCGAUUCUAGAGUGUCUUCCUCUCAUCAGGGAUGUACCUUCUGUCUCUGUGUGUGAGGUACAAAUAAGAGAGAAUGAUGACAGUGUUAAGGUCUUAACGCCGGAACUGAACACAAAGCGCCACCUUCCAUCAGUGGCAGAACUUAUACCGGAAGUAAACCCCGUUUACACAUCUCCGAAUUUGAGUUUUGCACAGCCGUCAGUUCUUCUCACUGAGCCAGUUUCAUCAGGACAGAAGUGGCUGUCCUCCGCCGCUAGGCACCAAAGUCAGGUUCCAGUUGAGAUUGGAGAAGAGUGGCCGAGUGGCUCAAGGACCCUGAAUUCCCAAGAUUCAACCCCACCUUGUUCGAGCACAGGGAGUCCCCCUCCAAACCCAAUCAACAAGUGUGAGGAUAAGAUUGAGCCAAACAGUGGCUCUGAUCAAGGCUACAUCUCCAAAGUGCCUUCGCCGCUCGGAACGUCUUGUAAGGAAGAUCCACUGGUGGCUCUGGCAAGGCUGCAAGAGGAACUGUAUCUGCAAACUGUGAAUAGCUCUGAGUUGGGUCCAUAGGGAUGUAUGACUGAUUUACUUUUAUAAUUAGUUUAGUCAUUCAACCCCCUCUCACCCAGAGAACCAUUGAGCUCCAACGAUUGACUGCUGAUUUGGUAUGUUUACUCCUUUUAUAAAUAUAUUUGUAUUUGACUUAGGGAAACGAGUAUUUGAUGCCAUACAAACUGGUUAGCAUUUUGAUCCUCACAAACACAAAUUAUUCCUGUCCCUUGAAGAAAGUAUUUGUGAUGUCAAUUGAUUAUUUGGAUAAAAGACACCUAACAUUCAACCCUCUCUCAAGACAAGAGUUUUAGACCUGCACACGACUGGAGUACGCUACACAACUGCUAGUUACAAGCUUGGCAAGACCGAGACCACUUCCGCAAACAUUUUGCAAUGGUAUCAAUCACCCUCUCAUGAAAGAUUUUAACUUGUGUGGUAAGAAUUGUUGUGAUUGUAAUUCUGUUUUUAUAUGUAUUCCUGAGUACUUCUAAGUUAAGGCCACCUGGGCCUUAACUUAUUUCUGUUGAUUUUAAUGUUAUUUCAGUUCAGUUAGGUUUCAUUUAUAUACCAACCAACAUGCUAUACAAACAUAAAACAAAUUAAAAAUAGUUCAAAACAAUGUACAUUUUACCACAGCAGGAUGAAUAAAACAUUAGAAUAGCAAUUGUAUAUUAAAGGGGAACUGCACUUUUUUUUUAAAAUGUUUUCCUAUUAUUCAAAAUUCCUAUGUAAAACAAGAAAACGUUUUUUUCUUUUUUAAUGCAUUCUAAUUUUCAAAAUACCUCAAGUACGAGGUGGCUAACAUUGCAGUUAAUACACAACCCCGCCCAUAAAGGCCUCUAAAAAACAUCCAAUGAAUGCCAACAUCGCUCUAUUUACAUGUUGUGACUUGAAUAUUGAUCUAGUAUUCGCAAUAUUGGUAUUUUAAUCGAUAACGCAGACAAACCAUCUGUAAUGGUGCCUUGAUCACAGAGAGGUAAUUCCUUGUGCUGCUAUAUUGACAUAUUGAGCUGGGGAGCUCCUCUGAGCUGAUUGAAAUUAGUCCAUAUUAUGAAUCAUGUCUCUCACCUGGAUUGUAGAAAGAUGUGGCCUUAAACCGAGAUGAUGGCAAACUUUGACAUUCAUCUUAUAAACUGAGAUAGCUAAAAAGACAUGGAACUGUUUUAUUUAUUUUUUAACCUCCAUGUGGAUUAUGAUUAAUUAUUUAUCUAAACAGAAAGUUCUAAACAUCCCAUCUCAUUGGCAUCCCAGCGAGAGCAGACAUUGUACCACAUGUGAUUGUUUUAUUAUUUUCAUAGUUUGUAUAUCUUUUUUAGCACUUAGCCACACAACUGCAUGAUGCUUAGUGUUGCAUUAAAGCUGGGUCUGUUUUACACACAGCUUUUAAAACUUGUAGAUCCUCCUCCUUAUAUUUAAUUCAGGCUCAAAAAGAUAAUGUUCUGGAUCAUAAUUUUUCCAAAAGUAAGUGUUGUUAACGCUCAUGAAGUCUGCAUGUUUAGUAGUAGUUGAAGUUGAAAGAAAUAGCAAUGGUUGUGAUGCAUUUCUGAAUUUUUUUUUAUGCUGUAUGCUUACAAUGACCAAAAUACAUAAUAUUGCAUGUUAUUAUGAAUGUGCCUGUUACUACAUUACAUAUACAGUGUACUUACAGCAUAUAUACAAAACGAUGGAGGUUUUUUAAAGCGCUGUAUAGGCACAAAUGAGCGAUUCCCACUACCUCCAUAGUUAGCUGACUUUUGCCAAUUUUUUUUAUGGGAUUAGAAUGCAUAAAAAAAGAAAAAUGUGUUCUUGUCUUACAUAAGAAUUGUGGAUGAUAGGCAAAAUUCCCCAAAAAAGGUGCUGUUCCUCUUUAAAAUAUGUGCGAAAAAGAUCACAUAAAAAUACAAAAAUAAUGCAAUAUAAUAAAGAAAUAAACAUAAAAAAUAAAUGAUCAGGAUAUGCCAAACUGGAUUUCAACGCAUAGGAGAAAAACAGGUUUUAUCCUACAUUUAUACUGGAGACUGGGAGGAUCUAAUGAAUAAAAAAAAAAAGUGUGCGGGCUAUAGAGCGUUUUCCGUUCGGGCUCCAGUACUCUGGAAUGCCCUCCCGAGUUCGAGAUGCUACCUCAGUAGAAGCAUUUAAGUCUCACCUUAAAACUCAUCUGUAUACUCUAGCCUUUAAAUAGACCUCCUUUUUAGACCAGUUGAUCUGCCGCUUCUUUUCUUUCUCCUAUGUCCCCCCCUCCCUUGUGGAGGGGGUCCGGUCCGAUAACCACUGAUGAAGUACUGGCUGUCCAGAAUCGAGACCCAGGAUGGACCGCUCGUCGGGACCCAGGAUGGACCGCUCGCCUGUAUCGAUUGGGGACAUCUCCACGCUGCUGACCCGCCUCCGCUUGAGAUGGUCUCCUGUGGACGGGACUCUCGCUGCUGUCUUGGAUCCGCUUUGAACUGAAUUCUCGCGGCUGUGUUGGAGCCACUAUGGAUUGAACUUUCACAGUAUCAUGUUGGACCCGCUCGACAUCCAUUGCUUUCGGUCCCCUAGAGGGGGGGGGGUUGCCCACAUCUGAGGUCCUCUCCAAGGUUUCUCAUAGUCAGCAUUGUCACUGGCGUCCCACUGGAUAUGAAUUCUCCCUGCCCACUGUGUGUGAGUUUUCCUUGCCCUUUUGUGGGUUCUUCCGAGGAUGUUGUAGUCGUAAUGAUUUGUGCAGUCCUUUGAGACAUUUGUGAUUUGAGGCUAUAUAAAUAAACAUUGAUUGAUUGAUUGAAUGGGGAAAGGAAGGUUGUUCAAGAUAUCAAAAUAUUUGCAAGCAGAACUUGGUGCGUACUGUAUAUGCUCAUAUUUAAAAAUGUAAAAGACACAAUUUGUGCUGUUUUUUUUCCUCGUUUAUUUGAUCACAAUACUCUUGUUUUACAGUACAGCCAGUAUAUUGGAUUAUAUCGAUAAAGAUAUACAGCACACAAUGCUAUCACAUGUAGGUAGUACUAGUAUCUGUAAACAACAGCAACCCUGUAAAACGUGUGCGAGGAAAGAGGACCAAAAUGGAACUAAAUACAAGACAGAAGGCUUCCAAUUGUGUACAAUGUUCUUCAGUGAGCAGUAUGUCCUUUGGUAGUUUGAAUUGAAAUGUGCCAGCAAGGUGCGAAGGUUAACCUUAAUAAUUAUACAUUUCAACAUGACCGUGAUGCAUAGAACACAUAAUGAAAUCAAGCAAAACAAUAUAAAACAGUAUGCUUGAAAGACUUUGGCUUGAUAGGACAAGCACCCAAGGGAAGCCGUUUUAGCGAUAAAGUACUGUGCAUUAAAUAAAGGCCAGAGAAGCACUUGAAUCAGCAAGCAAGACAUUUUGUGUAUUCAGCAGCAGCACUAAUCCCCCUCUACAGAGAGGUUAAACAACUGUAUACACAGAGCAUCCCUAAAGUCUGUACAUAAAUUAUACACAUUUUAAAUAUUACAUUUAAUUGAUCAAUAAUACAUUCACAAAUAAAAUAAUCAAAAACAUAGGCUACAAAAAGAUUGUCUCCAUAAUGCUGAGUUUUUCAGACAAACAUAGUUUUGAGUUUAUGUACAAGUAUGUUUGGCGAUGAUGCAUUUAUAGAUGAUACAUUUAUGGUCAGAACUUUUUAUAGACUCAUCAGAUGAUGAAUGUUAUAUCAAAUUUGAGCCCUUUAAUAAUUUGAACCAUUCUUUUUUAUACGGUGGCAUGAUAACAACCUCCAAUUACUUUUAGAAACAAGAAUGUACCUUGAAUGAUUAGAUAUAAAAUAUAUUCACAUAUACUUGGUUUAAUGUUUCUUUGGGCAACAUUCACCCACCAGAUGCUUUUUCUAGGCAUGAAAAAGAUUCUAAUAAUUCCGGCUGGAUAUUUUGACCACACUUUUUGGAAAAAAAUAAGUAAGAAAUAAUUUAACACACUUACUUUUAGGAUCCUAAAGGGAUCUGUGUACAAAAGUGUCUUUUUUUUUUCAUUUUUUUUGUACUUUCAAUGCAUAGUCUUAUCACAAAUUUAAAACAGUCUAUUAAUAAAAGUUUUGUUUUCUGUGUUUUUUUUUUGGUCAAAAAUAACAAUUUUUAUGAGGAACAUUGUCAAAUAUGCAGUAUUUCAAAUACAAAGUGGAAUAUUUGAAGUUGGGUGUUUACAGCUUUGAUUAAGUCAGUCAUUUAUGAUAUUGAUUUUGAUAAAGUAGACACAAAUAUUUUUAAAUCGCCUACUGGGGUAGAAAGACAGAGAACACAGACAGACUUGAUUAGUUCAAACAAAUCCUUUAUACGUUAUAUAUAGCGUGUUAUACGUAUAUAACUUCCUAAGAUUAUUUUCACUGCAAUUCAGCAGUAAAGUGUUAAGUUAGUCUAAGUCUAAGUGGCAGUUUAACUUGUCUACGCUCAUCAAAACUGUGAGAAUUAUGCUCAUGGUUUUCUGGCGUCAUUUGAGUAAGAAUGAUAUCCAUUUUGUUUUUAUGGAAAAUGAGUAAUAUACCAGGAUUACAGUCUGUUAAAAAAUAGCAGUUAUAAUGGGACACAAUGAGGCCGAAAGUGUUCUUAAGACAAUGUGUAUGUAUAUUUUAUGUUUAUAUCAUAUUAUAACAACGAUGCAAUCAAAAACACAAUGCUUUUUUAAAAGAAAAACCUCAUGGCAAAAUGUUUAAUUGCUAACCUUUGAACUGAAGAAUCAAAUCACAUAAGGAACACAUGUAUUGCCUAUUUUGGGCCCGAGGUUGGACAAGGGCUUGCAUUCAUCUUUAAAGCGUAGUUGGAGCUUUGGUAAAGUGAUUCCAGAAGCUAAAUUUGAUCUUGCUUUAUCCAUUGCUGUGUAUUUGUUGUACUGUUGUACUGUUGUACUGUUGUACUGUCACUCCACUGUUAAAAAAGAAAGGCUCAAAUAAAUGAACAAGGGACUGAAA